AUGAAUAGUAUAGAAUUUCAGGUGUUUCCUAAAAAUGGCGCCUGCCGUGAUGCAGCUGCAGAACUUGAUUAUUUAAUUUCCCGAAUGAAAAAACUCAUGGUUGAACAUGUUAAAGAUAGUAGAAAACUUGAUUCAUUGGUUGUUAAGUAUAAAUCUCCCGAAGACUUGAAGGAAUUGAUUGAUUUAGAUUUGCCGAGUCGUGGUAUCGGUGUUGAGGGAAUUAUGCCAUUUGUGCAAAAUAUUCUACGUUAUAGCGUGAACACAUGGAAUCCGCGAUUCAUGGAUAAAUUAUACGCUGGAACUAAUCCAGUAGGAAUAAUAUCAGAAAUGUUGAUUGCAAUCUUAAACGCCAAUGCUCACGUUUAUCACGUCUCUCCUGUCCUUACGUUGAUGGAGAUUACCGUUUCCGAAAAACUUGCCAAAUUAUUAGGAAUGGGAGAGGAGAAAUGUGGGGGUAUAACAUGUGCCGGAGGAUCUUUUUCCAACCAACUAGCAAUGAUUACAGCUCGUAAUCAUUUAUUCCCGGAAAUAAAAACGAAAGGUUAUUCUUUUCUUGGAAAAAGGCUCACAGUUUUCACUUCUAGUGCUGGUCAUUAUUCGGUCGAAAAAACCGCAAUGACACUUGGCUUGGGUUCUGAUAGCGUGAUCACUGUAUCUUGUGACGAACAAGGUAGAAUGAGAUCCGAUGAACUCGAGCUCCUCAUCAAGGCAUCUAUUGAAAGAGGCGAAACACCAUUUUUUAUCAAUGCUACUGCCGGCACUACCGGUGCAUUUGACCCACUUCGAGCAAUUGGUAAAAUAGCCAAACGUUAUAAUCUCUGGUUUCAUAUUGAUGGCUCUUGGGGUGGAAAUUUAAUAUUCUCUGAGAGAAGACGUUAUUUGCUGGAUGGAUCAGAAUUGGCUGACACGUUUACACUAAAUCCACAUAAAAUGCUUGGCACACCUUUACAGUGCUCUUUCCUUUUGGCUCGCGAUCGUCAAAUUUUUGUGCAAUCGAAUGCACUGGAAGCUGGAUAUCUUUUUCAUGAAAAUAAGUAUGAUUUAGGGGAUGGUACUGUAGGAUGCGGAAGGCGACCCGAUGCUGUGAAAUUAUUUUUAGGAUGGAAAUUUUACGGGAUGGAAGGAUAUAAAGAGAGGAUCGAACACGCUUUCAAAAUGGCGCAUUAUUUAACGUCACUAACAAUAAAAAACCGUCAUUUCCGACUCGUUUUAUCCCCACCACCCACGCUACAAAUAUGCUUCUGGUACAUCCCAAAAGAUUUUCCCGUGGAACUUGAACACACAGACUAUCACACGUACAAACAGAAACUAUCAGCAAUCACUAAAGAGAUUCAUCAACGCGUUUCUCAAACCGGGAAAUUUAUGAUUGAUUAUGCGCCGUUGAAAUCAGCGGCUCGCGAAUUGCCCGUGUUUUUUCGUGUGGUGGUUAACGCGCCUACAGUUAAUGAAAGACAUUUAGAAGAAUUGAUAGAUGAGAUUGAGGCAAAAGGAGAAGGUGUAUUGGAGUGGUUGGAGAAUAGAGAUAAUGAA